AUGCGCGGAGCCACACCUGUGAUUUGGGUUGUCCUUUUCACCUGGUGCGGCUACCACGCCGCGAUUUGUGAAGCGCUUGGCGGCGACAGAGGCCGCGUGGCAUCGCAACCUUCGAAAACGCAGAACAAAGGCCAGAAGCUGUCUGAGGACCUUUGUGGCUGGUUUUUCUGUAACAAGGGAACGAGUCAGCGCAUCGAUCCGAACGCUUCGUGGACAUCACAGCAGGCCUGCAGUCGUACAACAGGCCGAAGCACUCUUGAGGAGCGCAAUGACUACAUGGCAAUGUCAGAAGUGCUGGCAAUGGGCCAAGUCGUCGGCACAUUUCUGUCAGAAAUGUGGCACGGCCAAACCCCGCUACACGGGAGAUCCGGAACUGGCCACUCCAUGGAGAGGCCACCACUCAGAGGACCCCAGCUGGGAUUGGUCAGGCUGGCAGCCAUCCUCGCCGCGAACCAGGCGGCCGUCCGCAAGAACAACCCUGGUGGCAAGGGACUACAGAAUCCCAAGGGCAAAGGGAAGCAUGGAGGGAAGAUGCCUGGAAAGGGCCAGGAAGGCUCCGUGGCGCAAGCUGCGGCCACGGUGCCCCAGACCUCUGCGUUACCUUCGGCUCCAGCGACCCUACCUCCUUCGAUGCCAGCUACGUCGGCCCCCUCAGGGGCGCCGAGCGCACCCACUUCAGAGCAGCUACUGCUGAGGGCGCUGGUGGCGCAUGUGCAGAGCCAGGAUGGUGUGCCGUCAGAGCUAGCGCACCUCAUGGGGCAGUUCCAGGACGAGUCGCACAAGGCUACUGGACGUACCCUCCACAAGCUGGUCUCGAAGCAACAGGAGGCACGGAAGGGACUUUCCAAGGUCCGCGCCGACCGGAGUGCCUACGAAGGGGCAUGGUCCAGCUACCUCUCCCACAUGGUCCAGCUCUUGGAGAAGCAGCUGGAGGAUCGGUCGACGACACUAGCAGCAUACGAUCAAUCCGAGGAUGCCUGGCAAAAACAGCUGGAGGAGUCGACAGCGGAGUUGGGCCGACAUGCGACCCAGCCCGAGAGUACGGAACGUUCCGAGCCGAUCGACGUGGACGCGGAGAUGGAGGCACAGGAGCAGAUGGUGGCAGACGCCGCCGAGGAGGAAGCCAAGCUGGCAUUGAAGAGACAGCUUGCCAGGGAGCAGUCGGAGUCGCAAGCAAGGGAGGUUUUGCAUGCGCUCAAGACUGCUCAGGCUACGCUUACCGCGCCCUCGUUGGCUGUUCAAUGGAGACAUUCUGUUGAAAGCGACUACGACUACGUGGAUGGUCUCAGGGCUCAGCUUUUGGGACUGGUCGUGGCGCAUGAGGUUCUCUUUCAGAAGGCCGGUUUCUUGCUGGUGAGUGAUGAGGACCCCAGGAUUGCAACUGGGCUUGAACAGCUCUGUACAGGAUCUGUGCUGUCGGUAGAUGACUCUGUUUUCUGCAUGGGGCAGGCUUUGUCAGUCUCCGGCGGCCAGGGAAAGGUUGAGGAAUCUGGAAAGUCUCCUGCUGCCAGCAUGGGUUCUGACGGCGCAGUUGAGACCGAUGAGGAGGGCUCCCUAGUACCCAGCUACUGUGAGACUGGCACCUCCUAA